AUGGCUGACGGCUCAGCCGGCGUCAGCGAUCGCGAGGCUCUUCGCGCUGUCGCCAACGAGCUGCUCGACUUGGAAAGCGAACGAGACUAUAAGCAAGCCGUCGCCCAAUCCUACGACACGGCACCGGGCAAUCCGCAAGCGUACUCCGAGUCGAAGAAGGAAACUUUGAAAGAAUAUAAGGCUUUGCUAAAGAAAAUCGACGAGAAAAAGCAGCAGAAGCAAGCUCUGGAGCAACGAGUACGGGCGGCCAAGAACGAACGAAACCACUCGAGUACCGCAACUACAUCUGGCGAUAUGAAUCUUUGGUCGCCGAACAACAAUGGUUGGGAACAAGCAUCGUAUCCGUACAGGAUGUCGGCUGGUACUAGCUCAUCUGCAUCCCAAGGAAUGCCGAGAGCUUCUUGGAACAUAGCCAACUCGUCAUUCUCCCUGCCCGCUCAGAGUACCAGUUACUAUGGAGCCGACCCCUUCGGCUCAUCAGGUCGAAACACACCUGUGAACAACAAGAGAUCGUAUGGAAGUACCUCCCUUGACGUGUCCAGUCCCGGUCGCAACAAGACUCAGCGCAUAAGUGAUGUGCCGGCAGAUGUCAUUGACCUUACUGGGGAUGAUGAUGAUAUCAGCACAUCGAUCUCGCUCUCAAUGCCACAUGGCCAGCAGGCACUUAGUGGCAGGCACGCCUUGGCUGCUUCCAACUGGACAAGUGGCCGCCAGCGGGACUCCCCAUCUAUGGCGUUGCCUUUUGGCUCUGGAUCGAAUUUGGCUGCCGCUCAACCAGGCCGCAACGGCUAUCUUAACGGAAUGCCUGGCUCAUAUCCUAAUUCCACUUACGGAAACGGCUUCUCGGGACCACUUUCCACACCUAGCGCAACUCUUGAUAGCUCGGAUCUUAGGACUCUAAUGCCCGGGACUUUUGUGUCGGACGAUGACGAUGACUAUGGCUCUCCGUUCACAACUGCUGGCCGGCUUCUUAACUCGCGAACGAAUCCUUCUUCCUUCCGGUCAUCUCUCAGUACUGCCGACGUAAUUAACAGAACUAGGAACUUCAAUUUCAUGGAUCUGACUGAUGGAUAUGGAAACCCAUUGGAUGCCCGCGUCGCGUCUAUAAUGCAGGAUAUCAACGACGAUCCACGCAAAUCCCGGGAAGAAGUUGAAGCACUCUUGAGAAAUGUGCACGCAGGUAUGGAGAUCCCUGAGGAGGACCGUGAGGGAACACCAGACGCCAUGAGAUAUCCUCUUUACGCUCAUCAGCGAGUCGCCCUCACGUGGAUGAAACGCCAGGAAAACAAUACUAAUAAAGGGGGGAUUCUUGCUGAUGAUAUGGGCUUGGGAAAGACCAUUUCCGUUCUGUCUCUGAUGGUAUCUCAUAAACCGGAAAAAUCUCCCAAGACAACUCUUAUUGUUGCCCCUCUUUCUCUCAUCCGGCAAUGGGAAGAUGAGAUUAAAAAGAAGAUUAAAUCUUCUCACGCUUUGUCUGUACAUGUUUACCACAACACACAAAAGAUUAAAGCAACGGAGCUCAUGAAAUUUGACGUUGUCUUGACCACUUACGGAACCCUGGUUUCCGAAAAGAAGAAGCUGGCGAACUGGUGGAAGGAUCUGAACGGCCGUCAGGCCAACACGAAAACAGACCCAACUUUGGCUAGUUCGGUAUCCCUCUUCCACCCCAACUACUCAAUGUUCUAUCGCAUAGUCCUUGACGAAAGCCAAAUGAUCAAAAACCGCAACGCGCAAGCUGCUUUGGCAGCAGCUGCGCUGCAAAGUAAGUAUCGUUGGUGUCUUUCUGGGACUCCAAUGAUGAACGGUGUCGACGAGCUCUUCUCACUGUACCACUUCCUCAAGAUCAAACCAUACUGCGAUUGGAAUAAGUUUCGGGUCGCCUUUGGUGUACUAUUUGGCAAGCGAGGAGACCCCAAAUCCCAGGCCAUGCGAAACCUGCAGGUUCUCCUCAAAGCCACAUUAUUGCGGCGAACCAAGACGUCGGAAAUAGACGGCAAGCCUAUUUUACAACUGCCCGAGAAAACCGAAGAGAUUGUCUUUGCUGUUCUCGAUGAAGAUGAGCGGAAGUUUUAUACCGAUCUGGAGACCAACUCGCAAGUACAAAUCAACAAGUACCUUCGGAAGGGCACCCUGGGCAAACACUACUCUCACGUCUUGGUGCUGCUGCUUCGUUUGCGUCAAUCCUGCUGCCACCCGCAUCUGCUACUCGACUCGGAUGAGGCAGUACCCGAGGUGGAUGACAGAAUGCUGGAACGGGUGAAGACACUGUCUGACGCCGUCAUUUUACGACUCACCGAGAAGUCCCGCUCCCUUGGAAAUGCCGACGCUAUCGACGAAGGUUUUGAGUGCCCCAUUUGCUACGACAUGAUGCCGGACCCUACCAUUCCGCUUCCCUGCGGACACGAGCUCUGUGCCGGCUGUUUAAAGCAGCACAUUGACAACGCCAAGCGUGACAACAUUCGGAACGGAGAAGAGAAUAGUCAGGUUAAGUGCGCUGUCUGUAGAGGCCCUCUGGAUCCGGAAAACAUCAUUACGUUUUCUGCAUUCAAGAGAGUUCACAUGCCUGAUGAAACCAAUGGAAGCUCUGAUGACGAAGAUGAGUCUGAUGGCUCAGUUUGGAGCAGUGACGAGGACGAGGCCGAUAAGAAGGAAGAAGAUGAUGAAGAAGUCGACAAAAACGGAGACCUCAAGAACUUCAUUGUUCCUGACAACAUCUAUGACAACAUUAGUGAUGCCGAUGAAGAAAAGCUGUCUGUUACCCCAGAGCCGAAGCCGAUAUCUAAAAUGGCUAAGAAGAAGGAGAAGAAGGUUGUGUCGCCUAAUAAAAAGGCACAGAAAAGAUUGAAGAAGAUCAAGGGGUCAAUGCUGUAUUCUCUUCGUAAGGAUGCAAAGAAAAACGCCGCUGCCUGGAGGGACUAUACGAAGUACCUCAGUCACCAUUGGCUCAGCUCGGCAAAGGCUAGGGCGUGUAUGGAGCUUCUUAAGAAAAUCCAGGAAACCGGCGAGAAAACCAUUGUCUUUUCGCAGUGGACCAUGAUGCUGGACCUUCUGGAGGUGGCUAUCAAGAAGGAGGGUCUCAAUAUCAAGCAUUGUCGCUACACCGGCGAGAUGUCUAUGGCCGAGCGCGAUGAUUGUGCAACAAGGUUCACGACAGAACCUAGCGUCAAGGUCAUGAUGGUCUCAUUGAGAGCUGGCAAUGCUGGUCUCAACCUUGUUGCAGCGUCGAACGUCGUCAUCAUGGAUCCCUUCUGGAAUCCGUACAUCGAGAUGCAGGCUGUGGAUCGAGCCUACCGAAUCGGCCAACAGAAACCUGUCAAGGUGUACCGUGUAUUAACUCAACAAACAGUCGAGGAUCGUAUCAUCCAGCUUCAGGAGAAGAAGCGAGCUACAGUUGAUGCAGCUUUGGAUGAACGGGAGGGCGCGAAGUUGGCUGGUCUCAGCAUGACAGAGUUGCGCUUUUUGUUCAACCUUUGA